UACCGUGUUAAUAUUAUCUUAUUUUGCCCAAGGCUUUCUUUCAAUACACUGAUUUCAAUACACAAAAAUCACUCGGAUAUAACUUAACGAUAUAUAAAACAAAAAUAAAAAAAAAAGAAAAAAGUACAAUAUUUUUAGUAAUAUUUUCAUACUACGUAUGCAGAUCUCAUUCGACGCACGUAUUUACAUUACUGAUAAUUUGAAAAUACCGCCUUUGUGUUUAGCACAGAGAUCCAGUCGUACCAACUGAAAAAAAAAAAGAUCACAAAAACGUUUCGUUGUUGCGUCAUAUUAUGUUCUCGUAGCUCAAGUCGCAAAACGGCGUUUGCAUGAGCGAGGGCGGGGGAGGGGAUUCACAGCACUCGCGCGCGUUACACCACACUAACGUGUCGUCCUGUGAAAGCACAUCGUCUUGUCGAAAAACGUAGAGUGCAACGAGCGGGCAAAAAGUAUCGGAGGAACGAGAACGAUUCGUAAGGCGCGAUCGACUUUGGCGCGUGUAAAUGCUCGCGUAUCGCGUGACCGUUGAUCGGACGUAUCAGUGCGCGCGCGGCACAUCAAAAUGGCGUGAACCGAUCGUGUGCUUCUAGGUUAUAUUCGCUCGUGGCGGGCCACGAUCGCGGGUACAACGGAACGCUAAUAAGACGAACGAAGAGAACGAAGAAGAGGAAGAGGAAGAAGAAGAGAAAGAGGAAGAGGAAGUGAAGGAGGAGUAGGAGGUGAAGGAAGAAGAAAGAAAAGGAAGGAAGGAAGAAAGAAAGAAAGAAAGAAAGAGGAAAAGAAAAAAGUAAUACAAGAAGAGAACGACAAGGUCGUGAGCGUUGUCGGUAAAAGUAAAGGUGGCGACUACAACAACGGCCCCGACGAUACUAAACAGAAGGAAAAGGAGGAAAACGGCGACAGCAACGGCAACGGCUACGACGACGAGCGCGAACGGAAUAACAACAACAACAACGACGACGACGACGCCGUCGACGCCGACGAGGACGGCGACGGCGACGUCGACGUCAACGUCAACGUCAACAAUAAAAAGAAGGAAAAGGAGAAGGACGACGCCGACGACGACGACGACGACGACGUCGACGAAACACACGACGGAUACGAUUACGGAGCCGGUGGCAACGGCGACACUAAUCAGAACGAGAAGAAGGAGGACAACAACGAGGAGAACGAAAAUUACAAGGGCCAAAAUACGAGGGACCCUUUCCUCCUCCCCGUCCUCCUCCUCCUCCCUCUCUUCUUCCUCCUCCUCUUCUUAUUUUUCCUCCUACCUCUCUUCCUCUUCUUCUUCUUCUUUUUCCUCCUCCUCUUCCUCCUCCUCCUUCACUUCCUUCUCUUCUUCUUCUUCUUCUUCUUCUUUCGAAUCUUAUUACGACGACUCCACGUGCGUUCUUUUGCCAAGAGUUACAUGAGUUAUGAGGACGGAAUGCCCGCAGGCGGUAGCGGUCGUUUCCGCGGUUACCCUGCGCGGAUGUCCGAGCGACAACAACUCGCGCUUCUUCUGCAAAUGACCUCUCAGGAAAUGGUAUCGGGUGGAAAUCGUCCGGAAAGUCAGUCAGGACCGAAUAAUAAUACGAAUACUACGAGAUCGUCGACGUUGCAACAACAGCGAGGUUCCAAAGGUCGAUGGACCAAUAAAAAUGGAGAAUCGUCUGUUCAAUCGUCGAUUGGCCGUAAGGAAGAUUUUCGUGUGCGGCCAGUACUCGUGAAUGGUUACGAUCUUAAUGCGAAGGAACCUGCUAGCGACAUUCCAGGUGCAAACUCGCCCAACGAAUCGUCGAUUACGUGUACGGUAACGGCGACAACGACGACGACGACAAUAACAACAACGACAACUGCGACGACGAUCACUACCGAUAGUCCAAAUCGUUCUCCCCAAAUCGAGAAUCCAGACGCAACGCCGGUUAUAACGACAAUCGUUUCGACGACAACAGCGACGACAACUACGUCAACUGGUACAACGGCAACGUCAUCGAAUGAGCAACAAGAACAACAGCAAUCUUCGUCGUCGCUUUAUCAGCAACACUACAAUCAUCACUCACAGUAUCAACACCAACAGCAGCAACGCACGACCGGAAGUGCGUCAAUCGCUGCACCGCACGUCGCCGAAGACAGUGGAGCCCCCUGUGAAAUGCGGAGGACACCACCACAAAAUAAAGUCGAUAGAUCGGGAACCGGGCAGUCUGGAAGCUCGCCGAGGGUGACGCUCCGGCUCAACCAGGUACGAGGAGCGAGGGAUGAGAAAAAAGGGGGUGCAUCAAACUCCCGUCAGGGUGCUAUAAACGCACAGAGUCAGGGACAAAUGGAAUCGUCGUCGAAGAUGCCAUUAAGUGGUUCAUCGGCUAUCACAAACGUCUCUGGAUCGAGUGGAUCUGGAAAUGCAACAUCUACCGCAGACAACGGUGACGUUUAUGAGUUCAAAAGCUCGAAAGAACCUACGCCAGUAAGAGGCACGAGUUCUUCGCCGAAUCCCAAUCCUGAAAAGGAUAAGGAGAACGGGAAAUCAUUAUCCGGACAGAUAAACCAAAACAAUGGUAAUAAUGCAACAACGAGCGGUGGAUCGACAACGACUACUAACGAUUCCACAGCUGCUUCUUCCACAUCCGACGAUCCCUCAUCGAUUUCCUCAUCACCCUCGACUAAACGAGCUUUCGAGGGUGACAAUGCCGAUGAUCAAGACGAAGAAAAUCGGCGAAAGAAGCGUAAGGAUACGGAAAAUGUAAAGGACGGUGUUAAGAGUACACCAACUGGAAGACAAAGUACUGGCAGAAAUGCCACAAAUACAGGAGAAAAAUGUACGAAAUCUGGAAAGCAAAGUUCCAAUGCUGUAUCCAGUAAAAAUAAUCAAAACGCGGCCUCCAAUGCUGCGGAUAGAAAAAGUCCGAGUACAGCUUCGAUGGCGAGCAGUCCUAAACCUUCGAAUACACCUGUUGGUUCCACAACAAAUACGAAAACUUCAACGCCCGUAUUACCUGAAUCCGACGGUGAAGAUGAUCGUUCUAAAAGUUCUGAUUCCGGUUCGGCUCCUAAAGUUCCACCUUUGAAAAUAGUUAUACCACAAAGUACUACGUCCGAACAGGAACAGGGUAAUAGAAAUGGAAAGAAUACAUCCAAUAGAAGUCAUCAGUUGCCUUACGUCGUAGCUAGUUCUAAUAGUAACGAUUCAACGGACAAAGAUCAAAAUCAAUCUGCCAGCGGUACAACUAGUCCUACGGAAAAUGGAAGUGGGACAAAGGUCGAUGAUAAAAAAGAUUUUACUGGUACUCUACAUUCUGAAGAAAGAUCGACCCAUCAUCAAAGAGUUCUUAGAAGUUCGCAUAGAACUGGUAAUGGUAAUAAUGGUUCAACAGCAUCAAAAGAAGUAUCAGGAUCUGGUGCUGGUAAUGGUAACUACUCAAAUUCUUCUCCUUUACCUGUAGCUACGACCGAUCGAUCUAACAAUUCUUCGCCACAACAAAGACAUCAUUCUCCGCCACCCGAGAACACUAAUUCGGAAUCUAAUAAACCUACUUCUGCGGAAUCAUCGAAUACUGGAACUAUAACAAAAACAAAUACAGCUACAGAAAAAUCGGAAAAGAAUACCGAAUCUACAGGAAAAAAUCAAAAAGAUACAGGAGUAGAAAAUUCUGAAAGUAAUACUACUGCGGCUUCGUCCGCCGCUUCUAAUACAACUACUUCAUCUGCUCCUGUUGAAUUACAUCCUAGAAAAAGAAAAAUGAAGCCUAAUAAAGAAGCGCAACAAGCUGCAGCAACAGCUGCAGCUAAUGAAGCAGCGGAAGCGAAUAAUACAGGACCAGAAGUACAUCCGCAUGAUCAACCUAUUACUAAUUGUUACCAAUUAUUCCUAAAUAUUAGAAAACAGAUUGAACGAAGAAGAAAAGGCCUAUUUCCAGUUCAACCAAAACCUCCUCAAGGUUUUAAAGAUUAUUUGAUGAAUCGCUGUACAUAUGUAUUAGCUGGAAAUGCAAACAACGAACCGAAUGUUAAUCCACCAGUUAGUUUGCAAAGUCUUAUGAAAGAUUUGUAUAUAGAACAAGAAAAAGAGAGAUAUCGACUUAGGAUGCAACACGUAGUAGAGAAGGAAAAAUUAGUAUUAUCUGUGGAACAAGAAAUCCUUAGAGUUCAUGGCAGGGCGGCCAGAGCUUUAGCCAAUCAGUCACUUCCUUUUUCAGUUUGCACUAUUCUUAAAGAUGAAGAAGUUUAUAAUGUUAUUACUCCAGAACAAGAAGAAAAAGAUAGAAAUGCACGAAGUAGGUAUAAUGGGAGAUUAUUUUUAAGCUGGCUGCAGGAUGUUGAUGAUAAAUGGGAAAAGAUAAAGGAAGCAAUGUUGUUACGACAUCAUAACGAAGCCGAAUCCUUACAUGCCGUUCAAAAAAUGGACUGGGAAUGGAAAUUAAAAGAAGUUGGACUUUGUGAAUUCAAAGCAACACCUCAAAUAGAAGAUGUUCAUGUUCCGAUGGUACAUGUUUCAGAUGACUUUGACUUAUUACCUGCUUAGUAUACAGUGACUGAACAAUCAUAUUGUACGUUUCUAUCAUGUACCUUUAAAUUAACUUUAAGGAUGGUCGUUAUUUAA